AUGAAAGCUACCGGUCAAAGCUCAAAUAUUGUACGCAUGCACAGUCUUGGCAAAUCAUAUGAGAACAGGGACCAAUAUAUACUUCAGAUUCAAGCAAACCAUCAAGUAAUCAAGCCGCUGGUGUUUAUAAAUUGUGGAACACAUGCUCGAGAGUGGAUUUCUCCAGCCUCCUGUAUCUACAUCAUUGAUCAGAUUGUUUCCCAGUACGGGAAGGACCCCAGCGUGACAGCCUUGCUGGAUAAAAUAGACCUCGCCAUUGUACCCGUAUUUAAUGUUGAUGGCUACGUUUACACCUGGACUCAAGAUCGUUUAUGGCGAAAAAACCGAAGUCCCAACCACGGAUCCUUGUGUUUUGGUACCGAUUUGAACAGAAACUGGCAAUUUAGUUGGGGAGAUCACGGGGCUUCUGAGAACCCUUGUUCAUUUAUUUACCAGGGUUCAUCAGCCAUGUCUGAGAAAGAGGUUCAGAACUUAGAUCGCUUUUUGAAGUCUCAGCUGAAGAGGCUUGCGGGAUUCCUUGAUGUUCACAGUUACAGUCAAAUGUGGAUGAUUCCGUGGGGUUUUGCGAAGGAAAAUAUCAAAGAUUACGAUGAACUUAUGCGUGUUGGGAAAGCCGCAGUGGAUGUUAUAAAGUCCAUGGAAUUUAGCACAACUUAUGAUUUGGGUCCCUCAUCUAGACUGUUAUAUAUCAAUUCCGGGAGCUUAACCGAUUACGUCUAUGGUGGCUUGAAAGUGAAAUACUCAUUUGCAGUUGAAUUGCGAGAUCAGGGAAAGUUUGGAUUUGUCUUGCCAGCAUCACAAAUAGAACCUACUGCUAAGGAAUUAUUUGAAGGAUUAAAGGCUAUGGUCAGGAAAAUGCACAUAGGAUAA